AUGUCAUCAAUUAAAUCAUUAGAAUUACUAUUAAAAUAUCGAGUAAAUAUCAUAGAACCAUAUAAUAUCAAUAUCAAUAAUAACAAUAAUAACAUUAAUAACACAACAGCAGCUUCAUCAUCAUCAUCAUUCAGUUUAAACAAUAGUAAUAGUGAUAAUUAUACAACAACAGUAGCAUUUGCAUUCAGUUUAAAAAAUAGUUAUAGUAAUAGUAACAACAAUACAACAACAGCAGUACCAGAACCUACAACAUUCAGUUUAAAAAAUAGUAAUAAAGGUGCAUUAUUUGAGACAUUCAUAAAUGUUUCAUUAAAAAUUAGCUUUUUAUCUUCUGGAAUAGCAUUGAUACAAUCUUGA